AUGGCGGCCGUCCUUUCCUCUGACCAGGGGCACACACCUCUGCAGUCCUACGUCGGAUUCGACUCGAUCACCAAACAGAUCGAGUCGAAGCUGCUCAAACGCGGUUUCCAGUUCAACGUCAUGGUCGUCGGUCAGACCGGUCUUGGUAAAUCCACGCUCAUCAACACGCUCUUCGCCGCGCACCUCAUCGACACCAAGGGACGCUUCGCAGCCGACGAGGUCAUCCGUCAAACCACCGAGAUCCACCCCGUCUCGCACGUCAUCCUCGAGAACGGCGUGAAGCUUCGACUCAACAUCGUCGACACCCCCGGUUACGGCGACCUCGUCAACAACGACAAUUGCUGGGACCCCAUCAUCAAGUACAUCAAGGACCAGCAUUCGGCGUACCUCAGGAAGGAGUUGACCGCUAUGAGGGACAGGUACAUCGUCGACACCAGGAUUCACUGCUGUCUCUUCUUCAUCAACCCCACGGGUCACGGGUUGAGACCGAUCGAUGUUACGGUGAUGAAGAAGUUGAGCGACGUCGUCAACGUCGUACCCGUGAUCGCCAAGAGCGACAGCUUGACGAUGGACGAGAGGGAUCUGUUCAAGGAGAGGAUCAGGGCCGAGAUGGCGUACAACAACAUCCGAGUCUACCCCUUCGACAACGAGGACUACGAGGAGGAGGAGAGGGAGUUGAACGAGAGGAUCAGGACGUUGAUCCCCUUCGCCGUGGUGGGCAGCGAGAAGAACGUCGUCAUCGAGGGCAAACAGGUCAGGGGCAGGAAGAACAGGUACGGUGUGGUGAAUGUCGAGAACGAGAGCCAUUGCGAGUUUGUCCAUCUCAGGAACUUUUUGACCAGAACCCAUCUGCAGGAUCUGAUCGAGACCACCGCUCAAAUCCACUACGAGGCGUUCAGGAGCAAGCAGCUGUUGGCGUUGAAGGAGAGCAGUAGUAAGCAGCAGCAGGUUCAACAGCAGCCGGUCCAGCACUGA